AUGGAUUCAUUUACCAAGGGAAGUAACCACGUACCUUUCUCUGUCAAUGGUUUUUACAGCUAUUCACGGAAAAGAAAACGGGUUGGACACAAACUUGAAAUAAAGAGUCAAAAAUAUGCUCAGGAAUUUCUACCCAAGAAAUUUUCUCAGAGAUUAUUUGGCCCAUCGGACACUUGGAAAGUGUUCUUCAAACAGGCGGAUGCAUUUGCUUUUGUACACAAAGCCAGAUUGAAUUUGCAUGUGUUUGCAUUUGAAAGUGAAUCAAACAAGACUGACCAACAAGGGUUGCGUAUGUACUUGGCUACCACCUAUCCCGUCUUCUGGCACUAUUACAGUCAACUUGAUGAAACUCAUCGUCACCACUAUGAAAUCAUUCCUGAAGGUUCAGUGUGUAAACUUUAUUUUGAUCUUGAAUUCUACCGUGAAUUUAAUCCAAAACUUGAAGAUGGAUACGAUUUAUGCAGAAUUUUUAUUAAGUACGUGUGUGCCUGGUUGAAGGAAAUUUUUUCCCUUGAUUGCAAUGAGCAUGAUGUCCUUAUCUUAGAUUCCAGUACGGCGACCAAGUACAGUGAACACUUAAUAUUUCUACUUCCAAAUGCAGCUUUUAAAGACAACUAUCAAGUGGGUUCUUUUGUACAGUUCAUCUCCACUUGUUUGGUGACAUGGCUGAAAGAAACCACAGUUGAUGAGGAAGAUAAAAAUCAUGUGACAUUUAACACUGAGGGGACAAAGACGGUUGGGGAAGGUGAUAUUGGGAGUUACAGUCAAAGAAAAACUGAUACCAAAGUUUUGCUUGAAUCCAGUAAAGAAUUUGCAAAUAGAACUCCACAGAAAUAUCAGGCUGAGAAAAUAUUUUCGUUGUUCUCCAAAGAAAUGCUUCGGAAACUGAUUGUCAGAGAUAAAAAUGAUGAUGAGAUACUUCUUUGUGAUUUGGGCGUUUAUACAAAAAACCGAAAUUUCCGCUUGUUUCUGUCGCGAAAGUUAGGCCAAAAGAAUCCGUUUCUGGUGUCACAUCACAACAAAUUUAGUCCUUCUUCCAAAGAAGACCAAACAAUGUUUUUGGAAUCUCUGAUUGCUAAUGUUGAAAAUGGAGAAGAUUUGAAAAUCCUCAUCUUUGAACAAAAAAAUCAAAUGAGGUUACGCAUGAGAAAUUUGCAAAUAAAAAGUCCAGAUUUUUCAGCACAAGAAGGUGAUUCCAGUGAAUUGUCUCCCUAUCCAGAAGUGGAUGCUUUCAUUACUUCUUUAGUCAGUUCCAAUGGACGUUACGGAAAAAUCCGACACUGGUUUUAUUUUAUGGAAGGCAAUCUGCUUGUUUAUGACAUUGUCGGUUAUCGUUGGUGUGGAAAUAUCAACAGACAACAUAAAAGCAACAAUAUCAGGUUAUUUGUAGACCUAAAGAAAUGUGUUUAUUACCAAAAAUGCCAUGACCCUGUCUGUAAACAGGCUGAUUAUUGUUCUGAUUAUUAUGACCUUCCCCCUCGUGUGCUGCCGUGGCUUGCAGAAUUGUCUAUGAAUGAAACAAAUGAAGACCUAAUGUACGAUGAGUUAGAUGACGAUUCUUUGGCUGAUGCUGUGGAACAUAUUGAACAAAGCAGACAGAGUUUGGAACUGGAGGAUGACGAACUUAUUUCUGCUACAGAUACACAGUAA